CGAAGGGGAGGGAGAGACAUUAGGGGUGGGAACCCACAACAGCCACCAACCUCCCGCACCAGUUAGCCGAGCGUCCCCACGCUUCGUGCUACUCCGCUCCUUCAGCGCCGAGUCCCGUUGCCCUACCGAUGGAGGAGGGGGAAGGAUGGGGACGGCGCCAGGCGGGGGAGUCCGCACGAGCCGAGGGGCGAGGGGGGACGAGCGACGUAGUGCGGCGCGGGGUGAGCGGCACAGGCCAUUCGGAAUCGCUUUCCCGCCGCCCCUUUCGCCGAGCCCCGGAGCGGGGAAGGUCACCGGAGGCGGGAGGGGGAGGGAGGCCGGGCGGGGCGGGCGGCGCCGCGGGUAUUUCGAGCGGCGGCAGCCGGCGCGGCGCGUACCUUGCCCUUUUUUGGGCUGGCGGGGCAGGUUGCCGGAGCCCCGUGUCCCUCGCUUGUCGCCGCCCCGCCUUCCGACACCGGGCGGGGCCCUCCCGCUGGCCGACCCCGCUCCCCGCCCCGGGAGGCGGCAGGUGCAGCGACGGCCGCGUCGCGCAGCAGAAGGAGGUGGCAAAGCAUAAGCUUAAAUCGUCUCAGAAGGAAAAGGUCCGCCAGUUUAUGGCAUUUACCCAAGCUGGUGAAAGGACUGCUAUAUACUGCUUAAUGCAGAAUGAGUGGAAACUAGAAGUGGCAACAGACAACUACUUCCAGAAUCCAGACUUGUACUACAAGGAAUCCAUGAAAAAUUCAGUAGACAAGAAAAAAUUGGAACAAUUGUAUAAUCGAUACAAAGACCCACAAGAUGAAAAUAAAAUUGGCAUUGAUGGAAUUCAGCAGUUCUGUGAUGAUUUAAGCCUGGACCCAGCCAGUAUCAGUGUUCUGGUUGUAGCGUGGAAGUUCAGGGCAGCUACUCAAUGUGAAUUCAGUAAAAAGGAGUUUGUUGAUGGCAUGACAGAUUUGGGGUGUGACACUACAGAAAAACUAAAAGCUCUAUUGCCAAGACUGGAACAAGAGCUAAAGGAUCCAACAAAGUUCAAAGAUUUUUAUCAGUUUACUUUUAACUUUGCUAAAAACCCUGGACAAAAAGGUCUAGAUCUAGAAAUGGCAAUUGCAUAUUGGAAUUUAGUCUUGUCAGGAAGGUUUAAAUUUCUAGAUCUUUGGAAUAAAUUUUUGUUGGAACACCAUAAAAGAUCAAUUCCAAAAGAUACUUGGAAUCUUUUGUUAGACUUUGGAAAUAUGAUUGCAGAUGAUAUGUCCAACUAUGAUGAAGAAGGAGCAUGGCCUGUUCUUAUAGAUGAUUUUGUGGAAUACGCACGACCAGUAGUCACAGGAGGAAAACAUAAAACUUCCUAACCCCAGACUUGUUAAUAUGGACUGAAUGUGCACUCUGAACUGCGUUAGGUAAUGAAGAUGUGUUGGCUGAUAACUGUGCACAUCGUUGCUGGUUUCAUUGGUUGUGAUGAGAUUCGGCAGACAAAACUGAAUUUCUUCCUUUCUGCCUGAAGAAAAUGAUGACUGAUUUGUGGACACUUCAAGAACAAACUCAGAAGAUAGCCCAGGCUGUUAGUAGGCUGUUGGCUUCAGUUAUUGUACUGGUUGUAUCAUAUAGGAUGUAGAUUUUGCAUGAUUUUAUACUUUGGAGAAGUUUAAUUAGAGGCCGUUUUUAUUAAAGAUUUGACAGCACAGCAUGCCAUUCAGUUUAUGAUCCAAAGUGAACACCAGCAGUUACAUAAGUAAAACUGUAUUAUAUUGUACUUAUAGUAAAAGCAAUAUUUGUGGUAUAUAAAUUAAAUCCCUAAAUAAAA